UCAGCCACUCUGAUCUUCCUAUUUGUUCCACGUAAUACGAAAGUUAGCAGCGAAACCGAGUGGGUGGUGCGCUCAGAUGGCAAAGUUUGCGUUAGGGAGCGAGCCAGUGGUGGGCUCGCUGGCGCUGUCGAAGAAGCGAGAUUACAGAGUCACCAAUCGACUUCAAGAAGGCAAGCGCCCCCUAUACGCCGUCGUUUUCAACUUCAUCGAUUCCCGCUACUUCAACGUCUUCGCCACCGUCGGCGGCAAUCGGGUGACUGUCUACCAAUGUCUUGAAGGGGGUGUCAUAGCUGUCUUGCAGUCUUAUAUUGAUGAAGAUAAGGAUGAGUCUUUCUACACUGUGAGCUGGGCAUGCAACAUUGACGGAACUCCUUUCAUAGUAGCUGGAGGAAUCAAUGGUUUAAUCCGUGUCAUUGAUGCUGGCAGUGAGAAAAUACACAAGAGUUUUGUUGGCCAUGGGGAUUCAGUAAAUGAAAUCAGGACUCAGCCCCUAAAACCAUCACUUGUGGUGUCUGCAAGCAAAGAUGAAUCAGUUCGGCUAUGGAAUGUUCAUACCGGAAUAUGCAUUUUGAUAUUUUCUGGAGCUGGGGGUCAUCGUAAUGAAGUCUUGAGUGUGGAUUUCCAUCCUUCGGACAUAUAUCGCAUUGCAAGCUGUGGCAUGGACAACACAGUAAAGAUCUGGUCAAUGAAAGAGUUCUGGACAUACGUAGAGAAAUCAUUCACAUGGACAGAUCUCCCUUCUAAGUUCCCUACAAAAUAUGUUCAGUUUCCUGUGUUCAUAGCUUCAGUUCAUUCAAACUACGUUGAUUGUAAUAGGUGGCUUGGUGAUUUCAUCCUCUCAAAGAGUGUUGACAAUGAAAUUGUUUUAUGGGAACCUAAAAUGAAGGACCAGUCUCCUGGGGAGGGUUCAGUUGACAUCCUUCAGAAAUAUCCUGUUCCAGAGUGCGAUAUUUGGUUCAUCAAGUUUUCAUGUGAUUUUCAUUAUAAUGCAGCUGCUAUAGGGAAUAGGGAAGGAAAGAUCUUUGUUUGGGAACUGCAAUCCAGCCCCCCUGUUCUUAUUGCAAAGCUGUCUCAUGCUCAAUCAAAGUCUCCAAUUAGACAAACUGCCGUGUCCUUUGAUGGAAGCAUCAUUCUCAGCUGCUGUGAAGAUGGGACAAUUUGGCGCUGGGAUGCAGUGGCAACUUCUUGAGCAUCUAAGUGGGUUUAUUGGCAAUGUUAGAAGAUGCACAUUUCGGUGCCCAAUUUGGAUUGGGUUAGGGUUAUUAUUCUAACCUUGUGGGGUUUAGAGUCUAAACUACCGUUGUUUAGAGAAAUUGAGACCGGUGACCUUUACUUCAGCCAAGUUGUCACUUUGUUAAAAACCAAAAGUCAUCCAUAUGCGAAAUAUAUAUUUCAUUCUGAGCA